AUGUCAGUCAACAAGGCGAAAACGAAGCCUCCCCAGCUAUCAGAGCAGGAGAUCCUGCAGACGUUUAAUCGGUACCAAAGCGAUCUUCGAAACCUUGCAGGAAAAAUUGGCGAACUGGAAUCGGAGGCUGAUGAACAUGGGCUUGUACUCACGACGCUCAAUGAAGCACUGACAGAAGAACCGGAUCGCAAAUGCUUCCGCCUUAUCGGAGGUGUUCUGGUCGAACGGACCGUAAGGGAUGUCGUCCCUGCUCUUUCUAUGAAUAGAGACGGGAUACUUCAGGCCGUGGGUAAUCUUGCUGAGCAGUACAAAACGAAAGAGAAGGAGCUUGACGCGUUCAAAGAAUUGUACAAAAUCAGACCUGUCGCUGGACCUUAA